AUGAUUUUGUCUUCACCCAGCAAGGGGAUCUCAAAUCAUAAUUAUUGUGAAACCCCUCAUAUAUCCUCUGUUGUAUGUAUAUACGUCAGGGCCAGGGCUAAAAAUACAUUUAUCCAUAUUUUAUACUGUUUCAGACGGAUUUUCCUUCCGCAGGUGGCUCUGGCUCUGGUGAGCGUCGUCUGCGCUGCUCCCAGUUACCUGUUACCUUACUCAGGUGGACUAGUAGGGGUGCCUGCGCCUCAGGUCCCCGCCACUGCACAAGUUAAGCUAGGCCAGUUCAACCCUGGUUUUGCUCACCCUGGACAAGCCUUCGGUAAUGUGGCCAGCGUUUACACCAACAAGCCCCAUUACUUUGUAUACACGACAGGCGUGAACGGUAACACUCUUCCUGUUUUGCCUGUUGCCUUUGCACCCGUUUAUCCAGAGCCAGCUUCGAAUGCUACUGAGGUUCCUAUCGAAGUUCCAGUUAGUGAUAGCGUCACCCCAGGAGCAAUCACUGAUCCUAUUAAGAAUGCUACAGAGGUACUACCCAAAACCGCUCCGGUUGUUCCUGCCAAGCCAAAGGUGGGUACUCCAGCUGUUCCUCCUAUACCAGUGAUGGACACUCCCGAGGUUGCUAAAGCGAAAGCAGAUUUCAAGGCUGCCUACGACGCUGCUGCCGCUGCUGCAGAGGCGGCCCCCGAAAACGACUUGGAUGGUUCACUUACUACAUAUUCCGGUUAUCUGUCUGCUGUAGAUGGAGCUCUCUCCACGGUCUACACCAACGCCUUCCCAUACAGAGCUUUCGGCAGUGUUCCUGCAGUGUUCGCCCCUAGCCCUGUAGUCGCCCAUGGCCCUAUAGUCGCCCCUGGCCCUGUGGUCGCCCACGGCCCUGUAGUCGCCCAUGGCCCUAGAGUCGCCCCUGGCCCUGUAAUCGCCCAUGGCCCUAUAGUCGCCCCUGGCCCUGUGGUCGCCCACGGCCCUGUAGUUGCCCAUGGUCCUGUAGUAGCCACAAGCACCUCUGGCCCUGUAACCACUCCUAGCCCUGUAACCACCCCUGUCCCAGUAACCACCCCAAGCCCUGUAACCACCCCAGGCCCUAAAACAACCCCAGGCCCUGUAACCACCCCAGGCCCUGUGGCAGCCGUACGCAAAGCAGCCACCCCUAUCCCCAUUGUGACCCAUGGCCCAGUAACCACCCCAAGCACUGUAACCACCCCAGGCCCUGUAACCACCCCAGGCCCUGUAGCUACUCCUGGCCUUGUAUCCACCCCUGGCCCUGUAGCCGCCAAAACCCUGUAGUCGCCCCUUAUCUUGUAACCUCCCGUGGCUUUGUAGCCAUCCAUGGCCCUGUAAUAGCCCCUGACCCUGCAACUGAUUUACAAACAUUAUAUAAAACUCUGAUUUUCUCUAUUUCGUUGUGGGAAUACCCUGCUGUGAGAAUACUUCAUUGUGAGAAUAUUCCAUUUUGUAAAAGUGCAAUAAAGCAUUAAGCAAUUUUAAACUGCUUACUGUUCCUUAGCUCUCUAUUAUACAGGAGUCUAAAAGAAUGAUUGUCUAUAAAUUGUCUAUAAUGGCCUACACUGCCCAUAAGAUGAGGAGGUAGACACAUGUGCGACACCUGAGUAUCUUUGAAGACGCUUCGCCCAUUAGUGUCUUUUCCAGUUCAGUGCAGAGAUGAUAUAAGCGGACAGUGGAAGAUGAGAUGACCUGUCCUUCAGCCUAGAGGAACAUGUGUCUAAUUCCCCACAAAUUGCUACUUUGAUUUUUAUGGUAAGAA